AUGCCGCCACGACGCAAGGCUGCGUCUGCAGCAUCUGAAGCACUCGAACAAGCCGACACCAACACGCUCGCGUCCGGCCGCGCCUCGUCUCGCCGCUCGUCGGUCAAACAAGCCGUCGCUCAACCCACCUCGACCUCGUCGUCCACCCGCACCGCCCGGUCCAGCAGGGCAGCCCGCACCCGCAUCAGCGAGGCCAACACUCCCGACGACGAGGCCGACAGCGACGAGAACGCCGAUCCCGAGCGAGUCGACGAGGCGGCCGAGGUCGACAGCGAUGAGGACAGCGAGCCCGUCCAGCCCGCCUCACGGUCGUCCCGCCGCACCACGACCUCCUCGCGCACCACCAACAAGCCCAACAGUCGCGCCUCUGCCCCCUCCAGCAGGCGCGGCGCGGCGGCCCCGCCUGCCUCGGCCCGGGCGAGCUCGCGACGAGCGGCGGCGUCCGCUGCGGCGAGCGAGUCGGACGAGGACGAGGACGAGGAGGACAGUGCCGAGUCUGAGGAGGAGGCCGCUCCUUCUCAGGCUCGCAACGGCCGCGGCGCGCGCGCGUCGGCCGCCUCCUCCUCUCGCCGCGCGCCGGCGAAGAAAGCGUCCGAGCCCGUUGCUCCGCCCUCGCCCUCGCCUACGCCGUCCCUGAACGAGGUGGACGAGGACGAGAAGGAGGAGCGCGACGAGCAGGACGAGGCGAGCGAGGAGGAGGCGAGCGCGAGCGAGGAGGAGGAGGUCGUCCAGCCGGUCAAGCGCAAGAAGCGCGUGUCGCUCGCGCCCACCUCGCCUGUCAAGCAGCCGGUGCUUCCCACGCCCGAGCCCGACUCGUCGGCUGCGGAGGAGGACGGCGAGGGCUCGGCGGCAGAAGCCGAGGAGGAGGAGCAGGCGUCCGACGACGAGGAGACGCCGCAGCCUCCCUCGGCCCGGGCCAAGAAGGGCAAGGGCAAGGCGCGCGCCGUCGAGUCGGACGUCGAGGACAACGCCGACGAGGAGGCCGCCGUCGCCGCCGCCGCCGCACCGGCCGCGCCCGCUGUCGCUCCUCCCUCGCCCGCCCCCUCGAACGGCGAGCGCGAGCGGUCCGCCACGCCAUUUCCCGCCCUCGAGCCCAAGGCGGCUCCUCCCCCUCCUCCUCAGCCUCAGCAGCCGACUGCGCUCACGGCGUCGCAGCUCGCCUCGAUCGCUCGUCAAGCCGCCGUCGACCACGCCGCGCUCGCAAGCCAGCGCGCCAAGGACCUCGAGGGCAAACCUCGCCUCGUCAUCCACCAAAUCGUUCUCGAGAACUUCAAGAGCUACAAGGGCCGAGGUGUCAUCGGGCCGUUCCACAAGUCGUUCUCGUCCAUCGUCGGGCCCAACGGCUCGGGCAAGUCGAACACGAUCGACGCCCUCCUGUUCGUGUUCGGGUUCCGUGCGACCAAGAUGCGCCAGGGCAAGUUCAGCGAGCUCAUCCACAACUCGGGCGCCGCCGAGCCGUCGGGCUCGACCUCGGACGCCGACAACGCCGACGACGCCGACGAGGACGGCUUCUUCGACCCCGAGGAGUACGACUCGGACGACGACCAGGCCGUGCGGAAGAAGAGCAAGGGCGGCAAGGGCAAGGGCAGGGCCAAGCGGCGCGAGGCCUACCCGCCAGGCGGCUGCGACUUUGCGACCGUCGAGGUGUGGUUCCGCGAGAUCAUCGACUCGCCUGGUACCCGCGACGACUUUACCAUCGUCCCCGACUCGCAGCUCAUCGUCGCCCGUACCGUCCGCCGCGACAACACGACGCGUUACACCGUCAACGGCCGUACGGCGACGCCCGGCGAGGUCAAGCAGCUCCUGCUCGGCAAGGGCAUCGACCUGACGCACAACCGGUUCCUCAUCCUCCAAGGAGAAGUCGAGUCGAUCGCGCAGAUGAAGCCCAAGGGCGCCAACGACCACGAGGAGGGCCUGCUCGAGUACCUGGAGGACAUCAUCGGCACCGCUCGGUACAAGCCGCUCAUCGAGGAGGCGGCCGGCGAGGUCGAGCGCCUCGGCGACGACCGGCAGGUCCAGAUGAACCGCGUCAAGCUCGUCGAGAAGGAGAAGAGCUCGCUCGAGACCCGCAAGAAGGCCGCCGACACGUACCUCAAGGACCAGGUCGUCCUCGUCUCGCUCCAGAACCGCCUGUACCAGCGCCACGCGCACCAGGCCGGCGCCGACAAGGCCAUCUACGAGGAGCAGGCUGCCGAAGCCAAGCGCGAGCUCGACGCCGAGAUGGAGCGCCAGAAGGUCGACCGCUCGCGGUACGACGCCGACGUCGCCGCGCUCGACGAGACCAAGAAGAACCUCAAGGAGAUCGAGGACGCCGCCGGCGCGCUCUCGAAGGAGCUCGCGUCGUACGAGAAGACCAAGGUCCAGCUCGGCGUGCAGAAGAAGGCGGCCGACGUCAAGGUGUCGAAGCUCAAGAAGUCGCUCGAGGAGGACAAGCACACGGCGCAGCAGGCGACGUCCGACAUUCGCGACCACGGCGACACGUACGACAAGCUCGUCGCCGGCAAGGAGGACCUCAAGUCGGAGCUCGAGGUCGAGCAGGCGGCGCUCACCAAGGUCAUGGACAGCCUGCGCGACCGCAUCGAGGGCUUCUCGCUCGAGAUCGAGCAGCACCAGAAGUCGCUUGCGCCCUGGACCGAGCAGAUCGAGGCCAAGCAGAACGAGGUCAAGAUCGUGACGCAGCAGCUCGACGACGUGCAGGGCAAGAGCGCGCAGGUCCAGGACGACAUCGAGCGCACCGAGCAGGAGAUCGCCGAGCUCAAGACGGCCGCCAAGCAGAAGGCCGGCGAGCUGAAGGAGCUCGAGGCGUCGCGCAAGGCCGUCGAGGCGCAGAUCCAGCAGGCUCGACAGCGUGUUCAGGCCGACAAGGCUGUCGAGGCCAAGCACCGCGCCGCCGCCAACGGCGCACGCGAGCGCACCGCCGAGGCCAAGGCGUCGCAGCAGGCGAGCCAGUCCAAGGGCCACGUCCUGUCGGCCGUCCUCAAGCUCAAGGAGCAGGGUCGUCUUCCCGGGUUCCACGGCCGCCUCGGCGACCUCGGUCGCAUCGACGACGAGUUCGACGUCGCCAUUUCGACUGCCGGCGCCGGCGGGCUCGAGUCGCUCGUCGUCGACACGCGCGAGACGGCCGAGGCCAUCUUCGACCACCUGCGCAAGCACAACAUCGGUCGCGCGUCCUGUAUCGCCCUCGACCGCUUCGGCCGGGUCGACCUGUCGCCGAUCCAGACGCCCAAGGGCACGCAGCGCCUGUUCGACCUCGUCACGGCCAAGGACGCCUCGUACGCGCCCGUGUUCAAGCACGUCCUCAAGGACACGCUCGUCGCCAAGACGUGGGACGUCGCGCAGCCGGUCUCGACGGGCAAGGUCGACGGCCAGCGGUGGCGCGUCGUCACGCUCGACGGCAACAUCGCCGAGAAGUCGGGCGCCGCACAAGUCGGCGGCUCGCGUCCUCUGCGAGGCAAGAUGUCGAGUCGCCUCGCCGCCGACGACGUCUCGCCGCAGCAGCUCGCCAAGCUCGAGUCGGAGGAGCAGGCGGCGACGGCCAAGCUGCAGGACUUUGCCGAGCACUUCAAGCAGACCGAGGCCGACCUGCGCGCGCUCGAGAAGGAGCUCGCUCGUGUCGAGUCCGAGAUCCCCAAGCUCGAGAUGGACGUCGAGGCCAACAAGCAGGACGCCGUCCAGAAGGCCGAGCUGCUCGCCGAGCUUCGGUCGCAGAGCAAGCCCGAUGCCGGCGACGUCAAGCGUGUCGCUCAACUUGAGAAGGCCAUCGCGACCCUCGGCGGCGAGCUCGAGUCGCUGCGCACCAAGGCGGCCAAGUACGAGGACAAGAUUGCGGCCCUCCAGAGCAAGAUCGAGGAGGUCGGCGGCCUCAAGUUGCGCAGCCAGAAGGCCAAGGUCGCCGACCUGCAGGACCAGAUCCGGCACAACGAGACGCGCCUCGUCAAGGCCAAGACGGAGCGCACUCGAGCCGAGAAGGACCUCGCCAAGGCGACCAAGUCGAUCGACUCGAGUACGGCCAAGAUCGAGGAGCUCGAGGAGGAGGUCGCCGAGCUCAAGAAGCAGCUCAAGGCCAACGAGGAGGAGGCCGAGCCGGUCCGCCAGACGGUCGAGCAGGCGCAGAUCAAGGUCGAGGAGGGUCGCGAGCAGCUCUCGGCGCUCAAAGCCGAGCUCGACGACCAGGAGGAGGCCAUCAUCGAGUUCCGCAAGGCCGAGACCAAGCUUCGCGACGCCUUCAAGGAGCAGGAGCGACUGCUCAAGGAGACGAACCGCAUCUUUGAGCACUGGGCGGCCAAGAUCGGCGAGCUCGAGAUGCCCGAGUUCGAGAUCCUCGCCGAUGACGAUGAGGAGGAGGAGGACGUCAACCAGUACAAGGUCGACGAGGUCCUGCGCGUGCUCGAGGCCGACGAGAUUGGCGAGAUCGACGUCAAGAAGUACAAGGCCGACAUCGCUUUCCUCGAAGAACGCCUCGAGAAGAACAACGCCGACCUCGCCGUCCUGCAAGAGUACCGGCGCCGCGAGGAGGAGUUCCGCAAGCGCGGCGAGGAGUUCGAGCUCGUCAACAAGGAGUGGGACGCCGCCAAGAACAAGGUGACCGAGCUCCGCAACGAGCGCCUCGUCAUGUUCAUGAAGGGCUUCGGCGUCAUCUCGAACAAGCUCAAGGAAAUGUACCAGCUCAUCACUCUCGGCGGCAAUGCCGAGCUCGAGCUGUACGACACGUCCGACCCGUUCUCCGAGGGCGUCCUCUUCUCGGUCAUGCCGCCAAAAAAGACGUGGAAGAACAUUUCGAACCUGUCGGGCGGCGAGAAGACGCUCUCGUCUCUCGCGCUCGUCUUUGCCCUGCACGUCUACAAGCCGACGCCGCUCUACUUCCUCGACGAGAUCGACGCCGCCCUCGACUUCAAGAACGUGUCGAUCGUCGCCAACUACAUCAAGGAGCGCGCAAAGGACGGCCAGUUCAUCUGCAUCUCGCUGCGCAACAACAUGUUCGAGCUUUCUGCACGUCUCAUCGGCAUCUACAAGGUGGCGAACCAGACCCGCAGCGUCGCCAUCGACAACCUGGAGCUGUCCGACAUCCCGACCAUCGCGCCAGAUGCAGAGCAGGAGCAGGACGACGAGGCCGAUGCGAGCGGCGACGACGGCGACGACGAGUGACCCGGACUGGCGCGUGGCGCACCCCUCUUUCGACUUUCUUCCCUCUCGAGGCUCUCGUUCCCUCUCUACUAUCCGAUUUGUCCAGUUCCCGCGCACUCUCCUCCGUAGCCUGUACUAGCCGCCAGUGACGAUUCAGAGUAUUCCACCGCGA